AUGUCGACACCAAGGCCCUCCAUGAAGCUCCUUGUUGAGUCUGGUAUCGUUCCGCGAGCUCCGAACCAAAGGCCUCUCACGUGGAACUCUCUCGGCCCGAAACUCUCGCGGAACUUUUCACUAAGGAAAGGGAUGUAUUCUCAUAUGUCUGUUUUUUCUCCCUUUCCACUUUGCCUGCCUGAUCGAGGUCAUUGGUCUCAUAUCUCACGGUUGGAUCCAAACUCAUCGAAAGAGUCAGAAACGUAA